CCGGGCUCCCGCAGACAAAGGGGCGGCGGGGCGGACCGGGGGCGGGCCGGGGGCCGCUCCGCCGCCCGGCCCGGCAGAAAACUCGGCCCCACGGCGGCUCCGCGGGGCAGGUGGGGUCCCUCGGCGCCGCAAGUUUCACAGGGCAGCGCCACGGAGUUGCGCGGGGGGUGGCCCCGCCGUGCGCGGUGUCCGCCUGUCCGUCCGUCCGUCCGUCCGCCGCUUUGUUCCCGGAGGAUGCGGCGCGCCUAACCCCGGCCGAGGCGGUGGGGCCGCAGCGGGGGCAGGGGCAGCCCUCCGCCGGAAAACUCCGCGCCGCCCUCCUUCCUCCUCCUCCUCCUCCUCUUCCUCCUCCUCCCGCUCGCAGCCCCGGCGCGGAGCGAUGCUCUCGGGGGCGGCGGGCGGCGAUGGAGCGCGGCGCUAGCGCGGAGCCGCCCAGCACAGCGGCCCCUCGGGCAGCUGCCCGCGGCCCCUGAGCGCCGGCAGGAGGAGGAGGAGGAGGAAGAGGAAGGCCGGGGGAAGCGAGCAGACCGCGGCCAUGGAGGAGUGGCGGCAGUGCGGCCGCUGGCUGAUCGACUGCAAAGUUUUGCCCCCGAACCACCGGGUGGUCUGGCCCUCGGCGGUGGUCUUCGACCUGGCGCAGGCGCUGCGGGACGGGGUGCUGCUGUGCCAGCUGCUGCACAACCUCUCCCCCGGCUCCAUCGACCUCAAGGACAUCAACUUCAGGCCGCAGAUGUCCCAGUUUCUGUGUUUGAAGAACAUCCGGACCUUCCUGAAAGUGUGUCACGACAAAUUUGGGCUAAGGAACAGCGACCUCUUUGACCCCUUUGACCUCUUUGACGUGCGGGAUUUCGGCAAGGUGAUCUCUGCAGUAUCCAGGCUCUCCUUCCACAGCAUUGCUCAAACCAAAGGAAUUAGGCCCUUCCCUUCGGAGGAGACCACGGAGAAUGACGAUGACGUGUACCGGAGCUUGGAGGAGCUGGCGGACGAGCACGACCUGGGGGAGGACAUCUACGACUGCGUCCCCUGCGAGGAUGAGGGCGAUGAUAUCUACGAGGAUAUCAUCAGAGUGGAAGUCCAGCAGCCCAUGAAAAUGGGAAUGACAGAAGAUGACAAAAGAAAUUGCUGUUUGCUAGAAAUCCAAGAAACCGAGGCCAAAUACUACAAAACGCUUGAAGAUAUAGAGAAGAACUACAUGAACCCCCUGAGGCUGGUACUGACUCCCCAAGACAUGGAAGCCAUUUUUAUCAAUUUGGAGGACCUGAUUAAAGUGCACUUCAGUUUCCUGAGAGCCAUCGAUGUCUCGAUGAUGUCUGGGGGAAGCAGCCUGGCAAAAGUGUUCCUGGAAUUCAAAGAGAGGCUGCUGAUUUAUGGCAAGUACUGCAGCCACAUGGAAUAUGCCCAGAACACCCUGAACCACCUCCUUGCCAACCGGGAGGACGUCCGGCAGAAGGUGGAGGAAUGCACACUGAAGGUCCAGGAUGGGAAAUUCAAAUUGCAAGAUCUGCUGGUGGUUCCAAUGCAAAGAGUUUUGAAGUAUCAUCUCCUGUUAAAAGAGCUGCUGAGCCAUUCCUCAGAGCGGCCAGAGAGGCAGCAGCUGAAGGAGGCUCUGGAGGCGAUGCAGGAUUUGGCCAUGUACAUCAAUGAAGUCAAGAGGGACAAAGAGACUUUGAAGAAAAUAAGUGAAUUUCAGAGCUCUAUAGAAAACCUGCAAGUGAAGCUGGAGGAGUUUGGGAGGCCGAAGAUCGACGGGGAGCUCAAGGUGCGCUCCAUAGUGAACCACACCAAGCAGGACAGGUAUUUAUUUUUAUUUGAUAAAGUGGUGAUUGUCUGCAAGAGGAAAGGAUACAAUUAUGAGCUGAAGGAAAUUAUUGAGCUGCUCUUCCACAAGAUGACUGAUGACCCCAUGAAUAACAAGGACAUUAAGAAGUGGUCGUACGGCUUCUACCUGAUCCACCUGCAGGGGAAGCAGGGCUUCCAGUUCUUCUGCAAGACUGAGGAGAUGAAGAGGAAGUGGAUGGAGCAGUUUGAAAUGGCCAUGUCCAACAUAAAGCCAGAGAAAGCCAAUGCAAAUCAUCACAACUUCCAGAUGUACACAUUUGAGAAGACAACCAACUGCAAGGCCUGCAGGAUGUUCCUGAGAGGAACCUUCUACCAGGGCUAUCUUUGUCCCAAAUGUGGAGCAGGUGCUCACAAGGAGUGCUUGGAGAUUAUUCCUCCCUGCAAGAUGGGUUCUUCAGCAGACCAGGAUCCACUGGGUGCAGGACCUGGUCCUAAAAUGGUGGGGGUUCAGAAUUACCAUGGAAACCCAGCCCCUCCAGGGAAGCCAGUGCUGACCUUCCAAAUUGGGGAUGUGAUCGAGCUGCUGAGGGGGGACCCCGACUCGCCCUGGUGGGAGGGGAGGCUGCUGCAGACGAAGAAGUCGGGUUAUUUCCCCAGCUCCUCAGUGAAACCCUGCCCCGUGGAUGCCAGGCCCCCCAACAGCCGGCCGCCCUCGCGGGAGAUCGACUACACGGCGUACCCGUGGUUUGCAGGGAACAUGGAGAGGCAUCAGACAGACAACCUGCUCAAGUCUCACGUCAGCGGCACCUACCUGAUCCGGGAGCGGCCGGCCGAGGCCGAGCGCUUUGCCAUCAGCAUUAAGUUCAACGAGGAGGUGAAGCACAUCAAGGUGGUGGAGAAGGACAACUGGAUUCACAUCACGGAAGCCAAGAAGUUUGAAAGCUUGCUGGAGCUGGUUGAGUACUACCAGAGCCACUCACUGAAGGAGAGCUUCAAGCAGCUGGACACCACACUGAAAUAUCCCUACAAAUCCCGGGAGCGCUCUACCUCCAGGACCUUCACCCGCUCCCCAGCCUCCUGCGCUUCCUACAACUUUUCUUUUCUCAGUCCUCAGGGCCUCAACUUUUCUUCUCAGAGUUCCUCCAGUCCCUUCUGGUCAGUGUUCACCCCCCGGGUCAUAGGCACGGCCGUGGCACGGUACAACUUCGCGGCGCGGGACAUGCGGGAGCUGUCGCUGCGGGAGGGGGACGUGGUGAAGAUCUACAGCAGGAUUGGAGGGGACCAGGGAUGGUGGAAAGGGGAAACCAACGGAAGGGUGGGCUGGUUCCCCUCGACGUACGUGGAGGAGGAGGGCGUGCAGUGACCGCGGCCGUGGCCGCUGGAAGUCGUCGAGCGCCCGGAGCCGGCAGCUGCAGCCCGAGCACGCUGUCCCCGUGCUGGACACCCCCAGGACUGCCCCCGCAGCCCCUGACGUUCCCCUCCCGGCCCAGGCUGCUCCCGGCCCGUGUACAGAAGAUUGCUGGGCUGUGGGACGGCGCUCCCCCUGCAUGGACAGAGCUCAGAGACUCGGGGGUGCCCCGCAGGCCGUGGGGGCUGCACCCCUCUGCUGCCACGGGGGUUGAAAAGCCACCGUGUGGGGAUGGUGGUGGGAGGGUGAGGCCGAAGGGUUUUUUGUGCCUGGGUGACGAUUUUGGGGGGGUUCCAGGGGAGGGAGCCCCGAGGAGACAACGCAGAGCCCCCGCCAGCCCGUUCAGGUGUUGGCCCAGGUCAGGAUUUUGGCAGUGGCCCUGGCAGCCGUGGGCAGUGCUGUGGCCAGGGCGAGGGGCGGGCUGGGGACACCUGGCCCAGGAGGAGGAGAGGGCUGUGACCAUUUUCACCCUGAGAUGUAGGCUGGAAUUGGACCUUCAGGUCAGCCAGGAGGGGAAAGAGCCAUUUUGGCACCCCCAAGCCCAUUUUCUUUACAGUCACCUCAGUCCCACCAGCCGUGCUGCAGGCAGGGGGGUGCCCAGGGAGCAGACUGGUCCCACUGGUGAGCAGGAGGUCUCAGUGCAUUGCAGGACUGGAGAUGAGCUCCACACAAGGGUUUCAGAGGCCUCCAAGGCACCAGGCACAUGCAGAGGAUGUGUCCCUGGGUCUGUCCUCCCCUAGCUGGCAGCAGGACCCCCCAAGCCAGGCUGAUUUUCCUUGCAGCUGUGACAAAUCCCACCUCAUGAGCUCAGGGCGAACCCACCUGAAUAAGGGCUACGGUAUCAAGUCCUGAAUGCUGUCCCUGGGCUGGGAAAGCAUCUCCUCUCCCCAGCUGUGUGCACUUUUGGGGGCUGGCAGCGUUGCCCCCUGCUCUUCUCCCACAGGCUGUUCCUGCUGCUGUCAAAGGUCCUUGUGUUGUGACAUUCCCACUGUGUCCUGAGCCCCCUCAGUCCGAGUCUGCCCUUCCCAAAGUGCAAAUACAAACAAAAUACAUGUGUGGGGGCAUGACAGGGAAUAACUUCCCUAUAUGUGAGCCCCAGGAGCUGCCUCCCUGAAUUUUGAGCUGGUGCUUCCAUGCCCUGGCGUUGUUCUCCUGGGAUUUGGGGUAUCAGCAUCGUGUUCUGGUGUGGGGUCCUGCUGCAAGCCUGGAGGUGCCAGUGUUGGGUGGGUGAGCAGUGCGAGGUUCUGUCAUGUUUGGGAUGAGAAAUGGAAGAGUUUGGAUCUCUCAAGGUCAAGGGAAUGAUGCCAGCUUGGGAAUUACACGCUCGGUGACAAGCCCAGAGCCACCCUGCUUUUCCUCCUGGAGCUCUGGGAGUGCCCCCACUCGAGGGGGUGUGAGGUGGGUGCAGACAGGAGGUGACAGGGACACGAUGGGGCUCGGGGCAUUCCCAAGGUACUGUUUGGUGCUAACCCCUCCCAGCCAGCCCCUCCAUGCCCAGUUUGAGGGGAGCAGCCAGCAGGGAGCUGACAAUUCCCUGCUCCUGUGCAGAGCAGAGGGUUCCAUUCCCAUUCCAGAGGCUGUGCUGGGGCUCAGGGGGCGUUUGGGUGGAUGGGACACACAAACUCCUGGUCUGCCUCGGAUCCUGAAGCCUCACAGCCCCUCCUGUUAACGUGGCCAAGUUUGUGAGGUGGCCAGGGCAUCACCUUGGGAGAGCACAGCCCUGUCACAGGGACCAGGGCCCCUCUGUCCCUUACACCCCAAAGGGACCCCCACCCUCUGCCAAACCCCCUCCCCAGAGAGCUCUCCCUCUUGUGUUUACUGGUGUAAAAAACUCGUUCAAAAGAGAUUGUUCUGUUUGUAAGUAAUUAUUCAGCCAUUUGCCACAAAUAUAUCUGUGAAUAAGAAA